ACUCCCACUCCACACAACUCAGGCGAUGCGACGAACACCCCUGAACCGUGCGUUCGGCCUGGUUUAGUCGUGUGCCGUUGUGGCUCUGUUCUACCGCCAUUUUCACUCAUCCAUCUCCUUCUUCUCCCUUCUCUUUAUUGUGGCCGAUGCCGUCUUCGUCUUCAUGAGGGCCACCACCGAGUCUCUAAGGCUGCGUCCAGUUCGCCACCGGGAGUUCCCAGAGAAAUUGAGAAGAGCUGUACUGGUGGAAGGAGUGAGGGAGGAAGAGGUGGAGAGGGAUUACGAUCCUCCGGGUGUGGAUGUGUUGAUAUGCACAGCGGACCCAUACAAGGAACCGCCCAUGGGAGUGGUGAACACCGCACUGUCAGUGUUGGGGUACGAAUACCCGGCGGAGAAGCUGGCGGUAUACGUAUCGGACGAUGGGGGAUCGGAGCUUACGCUGUUUGCAUUAAAGGAGGCCGCCAAGUUCGGCCGCCACUGGCUACCUUUCUGCAGGGACUACGGAUUACUUGACAGGUCCCCCGAUGUGUACUUUGGAAAUGGAUCUACCCAUACAUUUCCCGAGGAAGCCCAUGACAUCAAGAUAAUUCAGUCUACAAUUUCAGGCUCCAUAGAAGCUCGUUACUAA